AUGCCGGUCUACAGCCUUAUCAUCCAUACCAAUACCUCCCGCUACACCCGUGUUCCAGGCUGUGGCAUUCUCAUAACGCCAGAUCAAGAGACCGCCGACCUCCUCUACCGCUACCUACAAACCCAUCCGAAAGGCGAGAAUUUUACCGAACUCACAAAGCUUGAACGGCCGUCCAAGCAGGUCUGGCAAAUGCGAUCAAACGGUGAUUCAAUCUACGCCCGCGUUGAGAAGAUAAACCAUCCCGAUAUUGCCAUGGACGACGACAACCGCUUCGCCUGCCUCCCCGGGAACAUUUACGUUUAUGGCACAGGGGAAUUCCCCAGUAUCCCAUUAAUCCCACAUGACUCCUCGCCGGCACCUCUCAACCGCGGCGAGUUCCUCAUCCGGCGAUAUGGCUUUCCGGACUUCUACUGGUCCUACAGAGACUUUGACAGUAGGAUAGUGAUUUGCGACAGGCCCACCGUAUUCCGCAUCGAGCUGGUGGAUAGCAAGAUUGGCACUGAAACCGUGGGGACACCUAUCCUCAUCGCAUCCGACAAGGUGUAUAUCACGGCGAUCACGGCCACUGGCGAGCACAAGGUUUCGUACACCGUACUUGAUGAUGAUCUCUGGUGUCGUGGAGACCUGAAGGCCUCUGAGGCUAGAACAGCGGCUUCCGUGUUCAGGUUCGGCGCCUUCCAUCGAGGAUUCACCAGUAGUGGCGGUUACGUCAAAUAUUGUCAGGGCAAGGAUCUUGCUGCGGAGGAGUGGGAGCUGGUUGUAUAG